AUGGCAGAGACGGAAAGCGCGCCGUGCCGCAUCACGGUCAUGGCCUCGGGCUUUGGCUCCAACUUUCAAGCCCUGAUUGACGCCAUCGCCAACGGCUCCCUGCCACACAGCCGCAUCAUUUCGCUCAUCACGAACCGCAAGAGCGCGCACGCGACCGUCCGUGCUGACCAGGCCGGCAUUCCUUGGGAAUACUUCAACCUCAUCAGCAACGGCUUCCAGAAAAAAGGCGAGACGGACGAGGCCCAAAUCGCAGACGCCCGUCGCCGGUACGACGCCGCGCUCGCCGCCCAGAUCCUCGCGGCGCCGCCGGAGCAGCGCCCCGAGCUGAUUGUGCUCGCCGGCUGGAUGUACGUCUUUUCGCCGUCCUUUUUGGACCCCAUUGACAAGGCGGGCAUCCGCAUCAUCAACCUGCACCCGGCCAUGCCUGGUGAGUUUGACGGUGCCAACGCCAUUGAGCGCGCCUUUGCCGCCUUUGAGGCCGGCACGCUCACCCGCACGGGCAUCAUGGCGCACUACGUCAUUGCCGAGGUCGAUCGCGGCGCGCCCAUCCUCGUGCAGGAGAUUGCCUGGGAGGGCGAGGACUUGGACGCGCUCAAGGCCAAGAUUCACGGGCACGAGCAUGAGCUGAUUGUCCGUGCCACGGCCAAGGUUGCCGCCGAGAUUGUGGCCCGACGGUCAUGA